UCAUCAUCAUCAUCCUCAGUUUUCCCCUGCAAGCUGAAUUGUAAAGAAAAUGGAAGCAUGGAAACCUAAUGAAAUAUCAACCCUAGAAUCGAAACUAACACACAUUCUUACAUCAUCAGAAGAAGAACCAUUACAGCUGCAGAAACUCCAACCCUACAUUCCCCAUUUCUCCCAAAACCCUAAUCUCCUAAUCUCAAUUCUCUCAUCAAAAUCCCUCUUCAACAAGCCCAACACUCUGCUCUCCUUCUUCAAAUGGUCACAGCUGCACCUCUCUCAAUCAAUUUCACCACUCCCUUUACUUUCCCUGCUCUCUCCGCUUCUCUGUCAUCAUAAAUUCUCCGACGCCAAAUCCCUCCUCACCGCAUUUAUCGCGGCCGAUAAAACCCAUAUGCUCCACCUCCACCUCCUUAAUUUGCCGGUUAACAAGAUUAGGUCGUUGAAACUCGUUCUGGAUACCUCGAUUGGCGCUUACGUGGCGUGCCGUUUGCCCCACCAUGCUGCUCAGAUUUUUAAUAGAAUGAAAAGGUUGAAUCUUAAGCCCAAUUUGCUUACUUGUAACACUCUUAUUAAUGCUUUGGUUAGAUGCCCUUCUAAGCAUUCUAUUCUCUUGUCUAGAGCUGUUUUUAGUGAUGCUAUUAAGUUGGAUGUUGAGGUUAAUACUAAUACUUUUAAUAUUUUGAUUUAUGGGUGUUGUGUUGAGGGUAAGUUUAAGGAGGGUCUCGGGUUGAUCGGGAAAAUGCGGGAAUUUGGUUGUUUUCCUGAUAAUGUAUCUUAUAAUACGAUCUUGGAUUUUUUGUGUAAGAAAGGGAAGUUGAAUGAGGCUAGGGAUUUGUUGAUAGAUAUGAAAAAUGAUAGGUUAUUGCCAAAUCGCUAUACUUUUAAUAUUUUGGUUUCGGGGUACUGUAAGUUAGGUUGGUUCAAGGAGGCUGCUCAGAUUCUUAACUUAAUGACGCAGACUAAUGUGUUGCCCGAUGUUUAUACUUAUAAUAUGUUGAUUGCUGGGUUUUGUAGAGAUGGUAGGAUUGAUGAGGCGUUUAGGUUGAGAGAUCAGAUGGAGAGUUUAAAGUUGUUACCUGAUGUUGUUACGUAUAAUACUUUGAUUAAUGGAUGCUUUGAGUGUAAUAAUAGCUUAAAGAGUUUUGAAUUGAUUGGUGAGAUGGAAGGGAAGGGAGUGAAGCCGAAUGUCGUUACACAUAAUAUAGUGGUUAAUUGGUAUGUGAAGGAAGGGAAGAUGGAUGAUGCAGGACGUGAACUUAGAAAGAUGGAUGAAAAUGGAUUUUCACCUGAUUGUGUUACAUAUAACACUUUAAUUAGUGGAUAUUGUAAAGCUGGAAAUCUAGAUGAUGCAUUCAGGACAAUGGAUGAAAUGGGAAGGAAAGGUUUGAAAAUGAAUAGUGUAACUCUUAAUACAAUUCUUCAUAUUCUUUGCCAAGAGAAGAAACUUGAUGAAGCAUGCAAGUUGCUCAAUAGUGCUAGUAAGCGUGGAUAUUUUGUGGAUGAGGUCAGCUAUGGAACUUUGAUAAUGGGAUAUUUUAGAGAUGAAAAGUCAGCUAAAGCAAUGAAGCUUUGGGAUGAGAUGAAGGAGAAAGAGAUUCUUCCAAGCACCGCCACAUAUAACACUGUUAUUACAGGGUUAUGCCAAUCAGGGAAAACUGACCUAUCAGUUGAUAUGUUGAAUGAACUUCUAGGGAAUGGCUUGGUUCCUGAUGAAAUCACAUACAAUACAAUCAUUCAUGGCUACUGCCGGGAGGGGCAAGUUGAGAAAGCAUUUCAUUUUUAUAAUGAAAUGGUUGAGAAUUCAUUUAAACCCGAUGUGUUCACUUGUAACAUUCUUCUUCGUGGGCUUUGCAAAGAGGGCAUGCUUGAUAAGGCUCUUAAACUGUUCAACACAUGGAUUUUGAAGGGGAAAUCUAUUGAUGCAGUUACUUACAACACAUUGAUAUCAAGUCUUUCCAAAGAAGGCAGAUUUGAGGAGGCAUUUGAUCUUCUUGCAGAGAUGGAGGAAAAGAAGCUAGGGCCUGAUUCUUACACUUUUAAUAUUAUUCUUGGUACACUUGCUGAUGCAGGUAGGACAAAAGAGGCUGAAGAGUUUAUCUCAAAGUUUAUGGAACAGGAAAAAUUGCAGGAAACCACCAUAUUGUUAGAUGAACAGAAAAAUGUCAAUACCAGUGAAACUCAUCAAGAAUCUGAUCCAAAAUCUAAUGAAUUUUCAGAACAGAUCAAUGAGCUGUGUGCUCAAGGGAAAUACAAGGAUGCAAUGCGUAUGUUUCAAGAAUCAACACAGGAGGGCAUCGUGUUACAUAAAUCUACGUAUAUUAGUUUGAUUGAAGGACUUAUUAUGAGACGAAAAAGCAUCUCAAAAGCCUCUUUAUCGUAGUAAAGCCUUCUUGGGCUGUUAUUAACAGUGCAAAAGUGGAGGCUCGUCAACAUCUCUACUGUUUGGGAAUUCAAAUCAAUUAUACACUGGUCAGUUUUAUACCGGUGAAGAUGAUUUCGCUAUUGCAUGAGCAAUUCUGAUGUCAGCACGCUUGGAAAAUGAUUACACGAGAGAUGCGAAUUGUCGAAUAGAUGAGGUAAAGAGAGAAGUGGAAUCCACAAAGCAUGAACUUACCAAAUCUGAUCUGAUCCAACUCAUCACAUAUAUAUUGCCAACGAUUUAGGAAGCGGCUUGUCUUGGUCAAGUCCGAUAAGGGCCACUAGAGUAAGGUGCUAGAUGAAAGUGAAGAGUUCUAUAGAGUACAGCGUGGAAUUCCCCUGCAAGGGAUGUUUCGAGAUAUUUUCACGGAUGCCUCAAUACUAGUUCUAAGGAUGAUCCACAUUAUGCUGCUGAUCUGAAACGUAGUGAAGAAGGCCUUCGCCUGCUUGUUUACCAUGAACGUAAGAUGGCGACUCAGACACCCCACCAAACGCUAUAAUUAACACCAAGAAGACAGCGGUCGAGGCGAAAAGCGGCCAAAAAUAUGCAAGAAUUGUGAGAAACCGAGGAGCUGCAUAUAAAAUCAAUGAAAUUACAAGUGAAGCAAUGAUUGCUAUACAAAAAGAAUAUUUGUGUUGGAUAAUCUUUUCUGGGAUAUCCAUAUGUUUGGUAUUAGAAUUUAGGAGAGAGAGGUUGAGAAUUACAAAUGUUUAUGUUUAUGAACAUUUAAGGACAUGAUUGUCUCA